CUCUUCGCUCCUCCUUAGAGACGCUGUCGGGGUGGAGCGCCUCGGCCAGCACUUAAUGUUUAAAAAUGGAGCUCGGUGUUAGGCAACGUUGAGAAACAAUGAAGAAUCACUCAUCAUUCGCCACUUAUGUCUCAUCUGCUUGCCAGAUGAUUUAGUAUAUUAGAGAUUAAAUCCAGGGUGAAGCCUAUAUGGCGGGUCUGUCGUACCUGGUGCUCCGGUUCUCGGGCUCCGCUGGUCGGACGUACGGAGUGUUUUGCAAAGGCUUGACGAGGACUUUGUUGAUAUUUUUUGAUCUGGCAUGGCGGCUGAGAAUCAGAUUCCCUUAUAUAUACCUCGUUGCUUCGAUGGUGUUCAAUGUCAGACUCCAAGUUCAUAUUGAAAUCCACUGAAAAACAUAACACCUGCAUUUUUGACUUAAAUCAGUGAAAAGCGAGCACUGCCACGCUACAGCCAUCUAAAGAUGUGCAGCCGACAAAUCUGAACAGCAAUGUUGAAGGAGAGGGCACCCGAUCCUGCAAGCUGGUGUGACAAUGCAACGCAGCGAGGCGGCUGCUUGUUUUCAGCAGUCGUCAUACGAGCUCUGUGCUGAAGGACAGAAAGGAUGUUUUUCAAUGUGAGACAUGGUGCAGAGUGACACGGUGGAGGGGAAGAGGCCUUUCAGCAUCUGAAUCAGGAGCUGUUCGGGGGGACUUAAUCCUGAAAUCAGACGAUUGUGGCUGUGAAACUUUGUAGCUUACCCUUUUUAGUGUGUGUGUCAGUCAUGUAUGUUUAUCAGUAGAGUUGCAUCUCAAAACUUAAACCUCAACACAGUUCAGCUUCCUUCACAAUGGCAGCAACUUCUCAGCAUGACAUGAACAAGCACAUUUUUUAUUUGUCUUCUGUGACUCUGAGGUUGGUUUUAGCUGAACAACAGGUACUCUUUCUUUUUAACACAGAGGAUGGCAGCUUCUCCAACUGGAAAUAACACAAGUGCACUAAUGGAGUGAGACAAUGCAUGUGUUGCACUGGUGGUUACAUUCAUAGGUCACUGUUUCUGCAAACCAGUAUAGCACUGAAGAGUUGAUGGUAGUAAAAAAAAAAAAAAUAUCUGCAAAUCUGUUGCAGAUUUACGUAAGCAAGUGUGUCUGGAGAUGUGUGCUCUCAGAAUGGAUUGUAAGAAUGAUUUAACUCUGGAAGAAAUAAAUUUGUAAAAUUGCAGCUGUA